AUGAACGCAACCAUGCUGGCCAUGCUGCUGUUCUCGUUCUUCUUGUUCCUCCCUUGCAUGGGCUUCCAACCAGCCCUCAAGGUUCACCAUCUCGACUCCAGUCUCUCAGACCUUGCAGGUAUCGAACUUUCUUCCAACAAGGUUCGCAUCACCGAAGGCAUGCACACCAUCAUUGACACUAUGCACAGAGUCGAGAAGCUCCCUUCAUGUCAGAAGCUGGCUUCGAAGGCUCUGCUCAACACUUGUUCUGAAAUUGAUCAUGCUACCAGCCUCGCUACUGACAAAGGUGUCGAUGUCAUGCUCGAACGCUCCAAAUCCAUCUAUGCUACACGUCUGGCUAUCUGCGAACUCAUGGAUGCCAACGCCAACAUUCCUUCCUCUUGCUCACCCUUCAGGCCUGUCGAGCAUGCUUCGAAGUUCAAUGGUUUUCGAGGUUUCAUUGUCAACGGUCGCUUCACCAAACCCACAGCUCCUCGCGACUUCGACGACAGCCGAGAUCUUGAUCGUUGCUCCGCUUCUCUUUCUUCCAACCCAGUGUGGUGGACUAGCUACUCAAAUGCUCGCCAAAACGCUGUCCUGCUCUGCCAUUCUAUGAGGGCGGAACUGGACAAAGAUGACAUGGUCGAGAAAGUGAAGCUCAUGUUCGAGGCUGUCUUGGAAGCAUCCAGUGUCAUGGCAGACACAACCGAGGAGCACCGCGCUUUCGAGAAGCAAUGGACUGAAAUGGGCAAGAACAUGCAAGCCUUCCAUCUUGCGCUGAACUCAGAUCUUGACAUGCAGAAUCGCAUUGUUCAACAGUGGGCAAGUUUCCAAGCCAAUAUUCAGGACCUCGACGACAAUAUCCAAAAUCUGGGCAGGGACGUCGAAAGAGUCCGCNGAAGUAGGUUGAAUAUCUCUUUCACGGUUCACCUUGAUGUUGACGUAAAGCAGGCAUCUUCUCAUAUCACUUCGGACCUUGAAAGCCAUCGUCUCCGGGCUCAGGAAGCACAAGCAGACGUAACACAGCACCUCAGUCAGGUCCUUGACAUUGCCGUCCAGAUUGAUCGAUCUCAUAACAAUUCACUGGCGGCCUCGACGGCUCUGGACCAACAAAAUCAAGUGAGUUUUGAUUUCUAUACGCGCUCGGUUCUCAUCACUAACAGUACCAAGGAACUUGCAUAUACGCUGGCUCGUAACGCCGAGACUGCGAGAGCACUUCACCAUCAGACCGAGAUAUUGCUAGACGCCAUAUUCACUGUGACGGAAAACGUGACAGACGCCGCAAGGACCGUUUCUGAGUUCCAUAACGAUAUCCACAACCUACCUACCAAGGUCAUCCAACAAGUCUUCGAAGCUUCGCUCGGUGGCUUCCCUUCCGGCUGCGUCUCGGUUGUGCUACUGUCUAUCUUCUGGUGUCUCGCAUUUGCUGCUCUCGACACUUGGCGCCUGCUACGCGCGAGAAGCUCGGUCGUUGCAUCGCUCGGCAUGGCAAUCGCCUUCACUUAUCUUGUGCUCGCGAUCCCUCAGAUCGCCGAGGCUCCCGCAAUCAGUGUCCUAGGCAUUGUCGCAGUCACGUCCGCUGCAGCCUUUGUUUGCAAGCUUUGGUACAAACAACAGGAGACUUCGAAUCAGUCAACUCUUUUGAACAGCGCCAACGAGGACUUGAAGCAAUCAGUCCCGCCGUCGCAGCCACUUUCCAGCACUGGUCCACUCCUUCCUUGA